ACUCAGUCACUUCACCAUAGUAUAGCUGAAUCCUCUCUCUCCUUCCCGCUUAGAGUAACACACUCGCAAUGGCUGACUCUACUUUCCUAUCUCUUAGUCUCUGCUUUCUUGUUUUCUUGCACGGCUGUUUUGCUCAAAUAGAGCCUGUAACCACACAGCCUAGAGGGUUUCCACCGCAGCAGCGCCAACAGCGCCCACAACGGGACGAGUGCCAACUCGACCGCAUUAGUGCCGUCGAACCCAAUCGGAGGAUCCAAUCGGAGGCUGGUGUUACAGAUGUCUGGGACGAAAAUGAUGAUCAAUUUCAAUGUGCUGGUGUUGUAGCUAUGCGCCAUGUUAUUCAAGAGAAAGGCCUUCUGUUGCCACAAUACGUCAAUGGACCCAAGCUAGUAUACGUAGUACAAGGCAGAGGUGUCCAGGGAGUUGUAUUCCCUGGUUGCCCUGAGACAUUCCAGUCAUCAGAGUCACAGUCACAUUCACAAUAUGGUCAAUCCGGCAGACAGAGCCAGAGAGACCAGCACCAAAAGGUUCGACAGAUCCGAGAAGGCGAUGUCCUCGCCUUACCUACUGGAGUAGCUCAAUGGGUAUACAAUGAUGGAAGGAAUCCUCUUGUGCUGGUUCAAGUUAUUGACACCAACAAUCCGGCCAACCAGCUCGAUCAGAAUCACAGAGUCUUCUUCGUUGCUGGGAACCCACAACAAGAUAUACAGAGCCAGAAAGGCGAAUUCGGGAGUGGUGAGAGAAGCGAGAGUAGCCAAAGACGGAGGCCAGCUGAGCGUGCAAGAUCUGGAAAUGUCUUUACAGGCAUGGACGAGAGAGUACUAGCUGAAGCUUUCAACGUUAACACUGACCUUGCAAGAAGGCUAAGAGGAGAAGAUGAUUACAGGGGCAUGAUAGUGAGAGUUGAGCGUGGGCUUGAGGUGAUAAGCCCACAACGAAGCCCAGAAGAAGAAAGAGAAAUAAGAGAGCAACAACAACAGAAACAACUCGAGAGGGAAUCAUCCCGAGAAAGCGGCAGAUUCAAUGGCGUCGAGGAAACUUUCUGCACAGCCAGGCUUAGACACAACGCCAACAACCCAUCAGAUGCUGACAUCUUCAACCCACGCGCCGGCCGGGUCACCAACGUCAAUAGCCACAACCUCCCCAUCCUCAGAAACCUCCAACUCAGCGUUCAGAGAGUUGUCCUCUAUAGGGAUGCUAUAUUUGCACCACACUGGAACGUGAAUGCCCAUUGCAUAUGCUACAUCACUAGAGGAAGCGGACACGUCCAGAUUGUUGAUGACAAUGGAAACACAGUAUUUGAUGGACAAGUUCAGGAAGGCCAAAUGAUUACAGCCCCACAAAACUUCGUGGUAGUGAAGAAGGCUAGCGUCCAAGGAAUGGAGUGGGUAUCCUUCAAGACUAAUGACGCCGCCAAAAUUAGCCAACUAGCAGGAAGGGUCUCGGCACUCAGGUCCAUGCCAGUGGAAGUGGUAGCAAACGCAUUCCAGGUUUCCAUGGAGGACGCCAGGAGGCUUAAGGAGAAUAGACAAGAAGUCACUCUGCUUAGCCCUUGGUCUAGGUCUCGAUUCAAUGCCACUGAAGGCAGCGAAUGAAUACUACUGCAAUAUGCAAUUGAACGUGUAAUAAGGCGGAAAAAUGCUAGUUAGUGUUAGGGUUCUUGAAAAAAAAUAAGCCUUUGUUUGGCAUGAGGACCAGUUUUGGUUCUUUGUACUAUCAAUAUGUAUAUUAUAUCUUGCAGGAGAGAAAGGAAGUUUAUGAAUCCGAGUUGAAUAAAUGAAUGUUGAAAAAAUAAUACUUUCCACAAAUGUUAUUAAA